UAGUAUCGUAAAAACAACGAUUUUUGUUCCAGCACUAUCUCAAAUCGCAUUUAAAUUUUAAAACGCUGGCAAAAAUCUCACUAGCUUAAGAUUCUAUUUAGUUUUCGGUUAAGUGCAACGGAAUAUCCUCCCUCUCCCUGCUCGCAAAACCUUCGUUUGGUUUUAUCGUUUUCGAUUUCUGCAUUCCAUCGCCCACGCACUGCUGUUCUUGUUGCUGCUGCUGCGCUGCCUUGUGUUGUUGUUAUUGCUGAUGUUGUGUGGCUGCUGUUAUUGUUGUUGUUGGUGCAAGGACGAGUGACGUCCUUCGAAAAAGGCGCAACAAUUUACCCCGCGCAACAAGGUGUUCUCGGGGGGUGGCGGGAAAAUCAAUAAAUAGCAAAGAGCAAGUGCAUACACAAGUGCUAUUUCGCUGUGUAUGUAUGCAGCCAGCUGUAAAAUAGAACAGCCAGCUAAACAAAGGAAAUUUAGCCCAGAAAAGCUAGCCCUAUUAUGGACAACACGGGCGAUGAUAGCGACAAUGAUGUGGUCACCGAUUUCCUGAACUCCAACUGCAGCGAAUCCUUGGAAGGAGUGGUAAAUGGUAGUAUUGCUAACCGCAGUGCCUCCAUCGAAAGCCAAAACUACUGCAUACCCGUGAUAAACGCACCAACGCCUGCUCCAGCGCCCGCUGCAGUUGGUCUUCCUUCCACUCCUGCUAGCAUUAUCAAUAACAACAUGAUACCCACUAUCAAUGUGACACCACACAGUCCGGCUUUAGCCUCCAAGUACAACAACAUAUUCGAGGACACGCUCAGCCAACUGCAGAACAUUCGUGAGACGGUCGUUCAGAUGAAAAAUUCCUCCUCAGCGGGUCAACACGUGCACGAUGGCAACUUGGCCAACAAUGGACUUCUUAACGCCGCUAUACUGAGCACCUCGCUGCCCGAUCUCACGGGCACUGGAGCAGGACCAGCUACUGGUGGCGCAAACUAUGCCAUGUGGUCGUCCACGGCACCGCAGCAGUGUUUGCUUCUUCACACAGACCGUAGGAAGUCCUGGACAGCAGUAGACGAUGCCAGUGGCGGGGGCGACUGCACCAACAAAAGUGUAAGCCUAUCCAGCCUGGACAGUGAGGAGCAGGAGACCAUUCGCGUCACCGAACAGCGACGAAGGUCGGCCAGAAACAGCACUGGAGGCAUUUCAACGCACUCGCUAAACGAGGCGGAGUUGGCCCGCGACUUUGAGAGGAUUGCAGCCAAACGAAGCCUGGCCACAGAAAUCAUCAGCCGGAUUCCAUUGCAAAAGAGCAUAUCGACGAGCUCCAUUAUCGCAAAGGAGGAUAUCAAGGCGAUCGCCCGUCACCUUACGGAUAGCGAGGAUGAGAACCAAAGUUUGUUGCGGGCUCAUGCAAAGAUCGAGGUGUAUGAUAACGUAGAGAAGCGUCCGAAGCGAGGUUCGAUAUUCUUCCGAAAGAAGAAGCCAAAGGCAAAAGCGAAAUCCUUAGUAGGAGGGCAACUUAGUGCUUGCGACGUUUGUGGGGCUGCCAUCACACUGGCGCAGAUCAAGGAGCACCACCUGGAGUGCAAGGUGAAGAAAAUGGCUGGCGGCCAGGACUUCUAUGACGGACCGGAUGCCACCACCUUUAGCAACCCAGAGGAUCAGCCGCUAAUUCGUUCCGACUUGCAGUUCCUCAACGAACCGCCUAUCGAAGCGCAGGAUUUAGGUGCGGAUCCCACUCUGGGCAUCGUUCUCAAAGAGCAUGACUCCUGGACCCCAAACGUGCCCAGGGAAUUACUCAAGACACUAAAGGAACUGCAAAUCAAGCGACAGGAACAUAUCUAUGAGUUUAUUAUGACCGAAAAGCACCACUGCCAGACCCUGAUCGUCAUGCAGAAAGUGUUCGUGGAAAGUCUGGAAAGGCACUUCCCAUCUCUUAAUCUUAACAGCAUGUUCCCACGCCUACAACAGCUCACUGAUCUGCACACCUGUUUUCUGCGUCAGUUGCGUCUUAAGCAACGUGAGCAGCCUAUGGUGGACAGCAUUGCCGAUAUUCUGCUGGACUUCUUCUCGUUGGAGCAGGCCCAAUGCCUGCGGUUGGCCUAUGGAGAGUUUUGCGCAAACCAUCGCAGCGCUCUGGACCAGUUUAAGCUGUGCCUAACCGAACCGAGUUUCGCCGAAUGGUACAAGCACUGUCUCCAGAAUCCGUUGCUCAAAAAAAAGGGCAUUCCCGAGUGCAUCUUGUUCGUGACCCAACGCCUAACGAAGUAUCCUUUGCUUAUCGAACCGCUACUAAAGAGUGCCAGGGAUAACAAGUUGGAAACAGACAAGCUGCAGCAUGCUCUCAAUCUGGUCAAAUCUCUCCUGGUCGAUGUGGAUGCAUGUGUAGCGGAGAAAGAAUUGCGUGAGCGACAGUUGGAGAUCUAUGGACGUGUGGAUGCCAAAUCCUUUGCGAUUUACAAGAAUAAACCCUUCCGUAAAACUGAGCUUGGGGUGGAGUCUCGACGACGUCUUAAAUUUGAUGGACUAGCGACCCUAAUGCAAGGGAGGGCCAAAACCCAGCUAGUUCUAGUGGUGGUCCUCACUGAUUGCCUUUGUUUUCUCAGCGAGAACUCAGGUCACAAUAAGUACUCCUUCUUUACACCGGAGCAUAAGGCUGGAGUUGUUCCACUCCAGAAACUUCUCAUUCGCGAGAAAGCGGGCACCGAGUCCAGAGGAAUAUAUAUUAUUAGCUCCAACCCGGACUUUCCCGAGAUGUACGAACUGAAGGUACAGACACCAAAGGACAAAAACACUUGGAUUCAGACUAUUCGUCAGGCAGUACUCGACUGUCCAGCUACUGAUAUAAUCGAGGCGGAGGAUUUGACUGCAGAGGAAAAGCUGCGAAUCGGCGUAAAUAAGAGGGAAACCAUCGAGAAGAUGAGACAGAAGGACAUUGAACAGGCUCUACUGCUAGAGGAGAAACUAAUGCUUCAGUUUAAUUUGCUCAAGGAGCAGCAGCCCUUUGGAGAUAUGCCGGGCUCCAAUUCCAAUAGCAGUGCAGCCAACUUUCUGGCGGCCUUUGGCUCCUACAAGGAUCUCGUAAGCGCUGAUUGUGACACGGCGGAACUCUGGCGUAGAGUACUCAACACGGUGCAGGACAUCAGCCAGCUAGCGUCGACCGUCUAUUCAGCGGCAACAGGCCAACCGGUGUCUAGAACUCUGAGUAGCGUGGGCGAGAAACAAAGUGAGCAGUAUGCUUCGCCCACUCUACCGAAACGGGCCGAAACAUUUGCGGGCUUUGACGAGAAGCGGGGUAAGCUGGCUUCAAAGCUGGUGCUUACUCCCCGUCUUCAAGAACUGGAAGAAAAGCGAGAACCAAAAAGCGUGACAAGCUCGGUUGCGGAGCAGCCACUAGAAAACAACUAUGCUGUGCUACAGGUGUCGCACCAUCUGCAGACUUUGCUAUGCAUUAUUUCCCAGCAGAUGACAACCAUCCAUAACUUGCAACUGCAGUUGGCUCUUUACCGGGAGAGUCCUCGCUCAAGUGCUUACACGCACAAAGAUCAGCUGGAGGAGUUGCGUAAUUUGCAGGACAAACAGCAGGAGGAGAAGACCGCUUGGCAGCGUCAGCAGAAGCAGCAACAAGAAGAACUCGCCGAGAUGCGAGCACAGCAGCUGCAGUUACAGAAACAGAUUAAAGCCGAACAGGAGGACGUGCGUCAGCAACGUGAACAGUUGUACAAGAAGAUGGAACUACUCUCCAGUCAGGGCCUGCUGCUGUCGCCCAGCACUCCGUUACCCCCGGUUAACACCAAUCAUCAUCCUCCACUUGCUACACUAUUGGAUGAUAAUCAUGAGACGGACAAUGGAUUUAGUGGAACCGGGAGCAAUACUCCCAGUAUAGCUGGAACCGUAGAUCGACGAAAGGAGAAGUGGCUAAGUGGUUCCUCCAACUGCAAAACUCCACCUGUAAACUUGCUCAGCGCCAACAAUGCACCCAAAGCUAACUCCACUCUGGUUAAACAGAAGCUGCCUAUGAAACUCUCAUCGUUAUCGUCCACCGGCAGUUCUAGUUCCCGCGUGGACAAGUCCGCUAGCUUCAACAGUGCCUCGCCGGCACCCUACUCCUCCUCUGGCAGUGUCCAACAGAUGUUUCCCCUAAAGUUGGCAGACCGAAGAACUGCCACGCCCUCCAAUUGCACCCCGACCCCCAUUGGAAUAGUUCCGCAGCACUCGCGAACAGGAAGCUCGCCGGCGAUCAUCCAGCAGACAACGACAACUGCAACACCCACUCAGACCGCGGUAUCAAGAGCAGAAUCCGCAGCCCAAUAUUCAAGGACACCAACGAGCAGCCGGACAGGAAUUGCUAGGACGACAGGAAUCGGCGUGACCACUGGCACUGCUCCUCGAGCAAAGCCCGAGGAAGAGGAAAUCUACUUCUGACGCCAGUUCACGCCGGAAGUUGAAAUAUAAAUGUUGAAUCAUUUAAAAUCAAGCUUUCCUAUGUUCGAUUUCAUUCCGAUCGACAUAGGAGUUCUUUCAAACCGAAAACCUGAAUAUCUUAAAACAAUAAUUCGAUCCAAAAGAAUGGCAAUAGAAAACCAUAUCUCUUAAUCUGUACUUAAACCAUUCCAAAUCCAACAAAGCAUAUUUUCAUACUGCCCUUUUUAGGCUCAACAUCGCAUAUAUUAUCAUUAAUUUAGGCAAAAUGUACUGUACUUAAUGGUAUUUUCACAGACUCGCUACCAAUCCAAUGCAUCUCAAACUGUUCAGUAAUUUAUUUUAAAAUUUAUUUAUUUAACAAUUAUUUAUUUUAAAGCAAUUGAACUUCAGACAAAAGCAAAAUUACAUUAAGUGUGAUUGUUUUCUAACGAAUUUUACUUCUUCCAAUAAAGAAACCUAUUAAAUAUUUAUUAUAUAACCAAAACGAAAAUGUAAUGUAAAAUGCGUUUAAGCGUUUAUCCAAAUUAGGUUUAGGAACAUACAUAUAUACCUGAUGUAUAUGUUUAUAUAAAAAUAUAUAAUCGCAAGUAAUGACAUUCCAUCGAGAUUGCUCCAAACUUUUUAUUAUUUUAAACCUGUUGUUGCGUAUCUCUGAUUUUCAAGUUUCGCUUUAACAAAAUUAUACACUUUGUACAUAAGUUUUAAUAACUGUGUGUAUUUUACAUUUCUAAUCCUCGCUAUAAGUGUUUAUGUAUUGAGAGGACACUCGAACCUGAUCCUAAUCCCUCUCAUCUACGCAAUAAUUUAAGCUCGCUCCAAUAAAUGUUUAAAAUUAUAAAAUCUA